GAUGGGCGGUGUUGGAAAGACAGCCUUAGCUCAGCGACUCUAUAAUGAUCCCAAUGUAAGCAGCUGCUUUGAGAGGAGAGCAUGGGUUUGUGUCUCAGAUGUUUUUGAUGUUCUCAGCAUAACAAAGACUAUUUUGCAGUCGUUUUCCGAGUUGUCUUGCCAGGACAAAGAUCUUAACCGGCUUCAAAUUAAGUUGAAGGACAGUCUGUCGGGGAAGAAAUUUCUUGUGAUUUUAGAUGAUGUCCGGAAUGAGAAAUAUGGAGAAUGGACUGCCCUCUUAAAGCCAUUUGAAGUGGGUGCUAAGGGAAGCAAGAUCAUCCUUACAACUCGCAACCGUUCGGUAGUUGCCUUAACAGGAGCUUCGCCAUAUCCUUUGGAGGCGCUGUCCCUUGAUAAUUGUACAAGCUUACUAGCCUUUCAUGCUUUUGGAGUAACAAAUUUUAGGAGGCACCCGGAUCUUGAAACAAUAGGAAAGAAAAUAGCUAAAAAAUGUAAAGGUUUACCUUUGGCUGCAAAGGUGUUGGGCAGUCUCCUACGUGAUAAACGGAAUCCCGAUCAAUGGGAAGCUAUCUUAAGUAACAAGAUGUGGGAUCUUCCGACGGGAGAGAACGAUGAGGUUCUUCGAGUUUUGAAAUUGAGUUAUGUCCACCUUCCUACUUAUUUGAAGAGAUGUUUUGCUUAUUGUGCGGUAUUUCCCAAGGAUUACGAAAUUGAGAGGGAUGAGUUGGUACUCUUAUGGAUAGCGGAGGGAUUUUUAGAUGGACAUAAAGCAAAGGAGAAUAACUUGAGAUUGGGACGGGAUUACUUCAAUGAGCUAAAAUCUCGUUCAUUUAUUCAACAAUCAAGUGUCUACGCAUCUAAGUUUUCAAUGCAUGAUCUUUUGAAUGAUCUAGCAAAGUCAAUUGCGGGUGGGACUUGCUUUAGCUCCGGGGAGUCUCGGUUAGCGGGUAAUGAAUGUGAGGCAUCAUCUCGCGAAAAAACUCGUUAUGCAUCAUUCAUCUCGUCAUGGUAUGUUACAUCACAAUGCUUGAGGGCGUAUCACGGAAUGAAGGUGCUAAGAAGUUUAAUUCUAGUGCCCGGUGGAUCUAGAGCGGGGGGCUCGAGCCGAUUCGUUAUUUCCAACAAGGUGCUACAUGACUUGCUAAAAGAAUUGAAGUACUUGAGGGCAUUCUCAUUAUGUCAUUGCUCCAUUGUAGAGGUACCGUCUUGUGUUGGUGAUUUAAAACAUCUUCGAUAUCUUAAUUUCUCGUACACUAGUAUCAAAAGCCUACCCGAGUCAAUUGUCGGCUUGUGCAAAUUACAAGCUUUGAUCUUAAGAGGUUGUCAAAACCUUUCAAAGUUGCCUCAAGGUAUCACAAAGUUGGUUAGCUUACGGUUUCUUGACAUUAGAGAUACGGGGAAUCUAAAAGAGAUGCCGUUGGGUAUCGGCAAUUUGGAGAAUCUUACUAUCGUAUCCAAGUUUGUGAUAGGAACGGAGAAAGGGUUGCAGUUAAAGGAGUUAAAGAACUUGCCACAUCUUCAAGGAGAAAUAAUCAUAUCAGAAUUGCAAAUGGUGGAAAAAGUUAGAGAUGCAGUGAAUGCUAGUUUGUUUGGAAAGCUAGGUCUUACCAACUUAUCCUUGCAAUGGGAAGAACAUUUUGGAAACCUCCGGAAUCAUGAGCGUGAAGCACAGGUGCUCGACUCUCUACGACCUCACACUAAUUUGGAAAAUCUCACUAUCUCGCACUAUGGUGGUGCAAGAUUCCCCUCGUGGUUAGAUGAUUCGUCCUAUUCUAAGAUAGUGUCUUUGUGCUUGAGAGGUUGUCCUAAUGUCAUAUCGAUACCAUCACUUGGACAACUACCUUUACUUAAGGAAUUAUCUCUUGAAGGUCUACAUGCAGUACGCGUGACGGGGCCCGAGUUUUAUGGAGGUAAAAGGCCUUUCUCAUCCCUAAUAACUUUGAAGUUCGAAGAGAUGUUGGCAUGGAAGGAAUGGUCUCCUUAUGUCGGGGGCCUGGAAGAAGAAGUCCCAUUCUCCUGUCUUCAACAUCUUGUUGUCCGGAGCUGUCCUUCAUUGGUUGGGACAUUGCCUUGCCAACUUAACUGUCUCAUAAAGCUUGAAAUUCAUUCAUGCCCGCAUUUGGAUAACUUGACUAGUGUGGUUCGUCUUCCAUCUCUUCGCGAGUUAUACCUUGAGGAUUGUAACAAGGAUGUCUUAAAGAGCUUGGUUGACCUGACUUCUUUGACCAUUGUCAAAAUUGAAAAUCUUGCUGAGCUUGUUUGCUUUGAUCAUGGGUUUGUGAGCUGUUUGGUCAAGCUAAAGGAGCUUCAUGUAGGAGGGUGUGACAAGCUAUCAUACUUGUGGCGGGAUGGAAAUGAAACGCGAAAUCUCACUUGCCUUGAAAGAGUUAUCAUAAAAAAGUGUCCUCGGUUCACAUCAUUUGUGGCGGGAGAAGGAGAGAUAGAGCUGCCAUGCAACCUCGAAAAGAUGGAAUUGAGGGAUUGUGCGAGUUUAGAAACGCUUCCAAGCAAGGUGCACACAAUCAGAGAUUUGCGGAUUCAGAAUUGUCCAAAAAUGGUGGGACUAACCAUUCCUCCGAAUGGCCCCAGCAAUAAUAGCCCGAUGCCUCAGCUUGAAUAUCUUGUGAUAAAUGGAUGUGAUUCACUGACAUCGUUUUCCUUUGCCGAGGGUACACUCGCUGCUUUGAAGAAAUUUAGUAUUUUCCAGUGUAAGGGAGUGGAGUCAUUGGAAGAGGUCACCGUUGUAGCAGGAGCACUGGAAUGUUUGAGUAUUUUCCGCUGUGAGAAUCUGAGAAGCCUACCACAGCGCCUUCCCAUGCUUUCCCAUCUCACUGAAUUGUUUGUAUUCGGAUGUCCAGCAUUGGAGAUAGAGCAGGACUUCCCUCCCCUUCCCCUCACCCUCUCCACUCUUAAUCUUUGGAAUUGUGCGAAGAUAAAGUCUAUUGCCAGCUGUAACAUUGCCAGCUGUAAGAAUCUCACUUGGUUGCAUAUAUCCGAUUGCCCAGCAUUGGAGAUAGAGGGGGACUUCCCUCCCCUUCCCAUCAUCCUCUCAUCUUUCUAUCUUGAAAAUUGUCCAAAGAUAAAGUGUCUACCACAUCGGUGGCAUCAUCUUACCUCCCUCCACACGCUAUGGAUUUUCAAUUGCCCAAAUAUCGAAUGCUUCCCCAAAGGAGGUUUCCCUCCCAAUUUGAGGAGCCUUGAAAUUUCAGGGUGCGAGAAUGUGAAGCAGCCAGUGAGAGAAUGGGGCUUACCCCUCCUCACCUCCCUCCAGACUCCGGGGAUUGACGGAAGGAGCAUGGGUGGAGGGGAGGGAGACAACGUGUGCUUUCCUUCUUCGAAGGAGGAGGAUGCGUGGAGCCUUCUCUUCCCUUCCUCUCUAAAUAGCCUUCACUUGAGAAAUAUGAGGAAGGUGGAAAGACUAUCAAGCGGUCUUCGCAACCAUCUCUCCUCUCUCCAAGUGUUAGGGAUUUACGAUUGCCCUAAGUUGAGGUACUUGCCAGAGGAUGGCCUCCCUCCCUCCCUUCAAUCAUUACGCAUAUAUGGAUGCUCGAUUCUGAAAGAAGGAUGCUCAAAACUCACUGGCCACUAUUGGCCCCUCAUCCAAGUCAUCCCUGAGAUAUACAUCGAUGUCGAUCGGAUCCAAUGA